AUGCUGAGGAAAGAUGUUGCGACGAGCUGGACCAAAGAGUGUCAAAAGGCUUUUGAUAAAAUCAAGGAGUACCUGUCCAAGCCGCCCAUGUUAGUCCCACCAAAGCCCGGGAGACCUCUAUUGCUAUACAUAUUCGUCUUGGAUGGAGCUUUUGGUUGCAUCCUGGGGCAACACGAUGAAACCGGGAGAAAGGAGCAGGCGAUAUACUAUUUGAGUAAGAAGUUCAUACCUUAUGAAGCCUGGUACUCUUUGUUGGAACGCACAUGUUGUGCCUUGACAUGGAUAGCCCAGAAAUUGAGGCACUACUCCUAUCUGCUGGUACAUCAAGUACUCAGAGAAUGGGCUAUCAAGAACACUAAAAUAUUGCCAUACUUGCACUGUGUGCAAGAUCUGAUCAAGAGGUUCAUGAAGAUAAUAUUCAAGCAUGUUUUGAGAAUUCAGAAUGAGUUCGUAGAUGCACUGGCUACCUUGUCUUCCAUGAUACAACAUCCAGACAAGAAUUUUAUCGAUCCAAUCCCGAUAGAGAUUCGUCAGCAACCAGCUUAUUGUGCCCAUGUUGAAGAGAAGUUCUAUGAAAAUCCAUGGUUUCACGAUAUCAAGGAGUAUUUGGAUAAAGGAGAAUACCUAGAAAAUGCUACACACACUCAGAAGCGCAAACUUUGA